AUGGCAAGCGUGAAGGAGGGACGCCUUCAUCGGUGGAACAUCAUCAUCGUGGCUGCUGAAGUCCCCGUUGAUUUGAGUUCUACGUUGGAUGGAGUUUGCGUCGACUCAGACGAAAGCGUGGUGCGGGGUACGCCUCCACCAGUGCAACAUUCCGACAGAGCUGUGGCAAUCCCCGUUGACCAGAAUGUGUCCGCCGAGAUGGCAAACGUGAAGGAGGGACGCCUUCAUCGGUGCAACAUCCUAUCGUGGCUGCUAUGCGACUCUUCAAUAUAG